AUGGCAGUAGAUAAGUGCGAAUACCCAACAGCUGACGAGAUGGGCGAUUAUCAAACUAAAUGGGUUCCAGAAAGUCUGCAACUAUUUCUUAGUCAUCUCUUUCCUUCAAAGCUGAAACAAAUAAGUUUAGCUCAGUGUAUCUCCCAAGCGUCAAGACCAAGAUCAAUGGUAGCACCAAUUCCAUUUGGGAUUGGUGUAUAUGUUGACAAAUCUUUCGGUACAUGUUGGCUUGUAGAUCAUCUGGCAAAAGUUGGCUUCUCAAUGUCAUCAGACGAAUGGGUUGCUGAUAAUGUUGAUCACAAUAUACAAACACUUAUUGGCAAAGGUACAUUCCACGGAAUGGGGAUAACAUCGAUUAGUUCCUCAAAGCCGAAAGAUGAAACUAUAAAGCGUUUAAAACAUAACGAGACAAAAGAUUUAUCUUUCCCAGCUGUGAAAAUAUUACCUUAUGAUGGAUCAAGCUGUAAUGGUUUACGUGAACUACAAUUCAAGCCAGUAAAGGAUCGAAUAUUAGGGAAUAUCCUAGCACCAGAGAUGAAUCUUGAUCUUGUGUGGCAUGCGUCAUGAUAUUUUGGUCAACAAAACAAUUAUCGCCCAAAUUGGUCAGGUUAUAUGAUGCAUGUGACAUCAAAUGUAACAACAUUGUAUGAGGCAACAUCGGUGAAAUUUCUUCCAAUGAUAGAUCCCAACUCGUCCGAUGAAACAUGUAUAUUCUCUACACUAUUGUUUGUGGCAGAACAAGCCAAUAAGCUCAAUAUCCCAACAGCUUGUAUAACUUUGACCAACCUUUUUGGAAGAAGGCUACGGGAAUAAUCAAGGAAAAGAACCUUCGAAUGGUAUGUCGACUAGGUGGAUUUCAUACGUUAAUAAGUUCCCUUGGGAACAUAGGGAAUCUUAUGAGUGGUGCUGGUUUAGCAGAAGUUUUUGAGGAAGUCUACUCUGAGGACACCGUGAAGCACAUAAUAUAAGGACAUGCAGUAGCAAGAGCUUUAGGAGCACAUAUUUUUGUCCAGAGUGCUUUGAUUAAUCACAUUAACAACGCAUUGAUAGAUGAUGGGGUGAUAAAUAUCUCUGAGUUUGAGGAUGUCUACAACAUGGUGAUAGAAGAGGGUAUAAACAAAGAACAGUUGGUUGAAUUAAGCAGUAAAGAUGUGUUUAGAAAAACUGAGAAAGCGUUUUCAACCUACGCAAAACAAAAGUAAAAGAACCAGCACUGCUAAGCUGUAGUUGCUCUAUAUUGAGUACAUCGCCAUCGUGAAACAGUUUAUUUUUGCAGAGAGAACUUGCAACUGGCACCUACAGAUCCAAACAAUCGUGAAAAUGAUAAACUUAUUUGAAG